CGUUUUGUUAUUUACCUUCUUCUCCCACAGUGGAGAAGGAGAGGAGGUUAGAUGUUGAACGUACGAUAGCGCUCAAUAAUGGCCCAGCGGUGGCUAUUGAAUUUAAACACAGCAUUAAAUACUUGAUGAUAUUUUUAAUUACAGGGUUAGUGUGUCGCUUUUUGCAUUCACACGGUGUUUUACUGCGUCUUGAGCUCUCAGGGUGUCCGUCUCUAGUACGUAAACAAACAUGACCGCUACCAUUUCCAGGCAGAGGCACGCCGCAGUCGCUGCAGACUCUUCUGGCUCUUCAUUUUCCAUUACAGCAAACCUCCUGCAACUCUCAAAACACAUCAAAUAUGAGAAUCUUGCAGCCGGACUCGCUGGUGGUGUUAUUUCCACAAUGGUGCUACAUCCAUUGGACUUGAUCAAAAUCAGGUUUGCAGUAAGUGAUGGUCUGAAAAUGAGGCCCCAAUACGAAGGCAUGUUGGACUGCAUGAAGACCAUCUGGAAGCUGGAAGGCAUAAGAGGUCUAUAUCAAGGAGUGACGCCCAACAUCUGGGGGGCCGGAGCAUCAUGGGGCCUCUACUUCCUCUUUUAUAAUGCUAUUAAAGCAUACACACAGGAGGGACGGCAAACAGAGCUGAGUGCAGGCGAACACCUGGUGUCCGCAGCGGAGGCAGGCAUUCUGACGCUUUGCCUCACCAAUCCAGUCUGGGUGACAAAGACCCGGCUGGUGCUGCAGUACAAUGCAGACCCUUCACGGAAGCAGUACAAGGGAAUGAUGGACGCCCUCGUGAAAAUAUACCGUCACGAGGGUAUCCCAGGACUAUACAGGGGUUUUGUGCCUGGGCUGGUCGGGACUUCCCAUGCUGCACUGCAGUUCAUGACCUAUGAAGGGCUAAAAAGAGAGCAGAACAAAUACAAGAAGAUGCCCUCCGAAUCCCUGCUGUCUCCAUUGGAAUACAUCGCUAUUGCAGCCAUAUCCAAAAUAUUCGCUGUAGCAGUAACAUACCCCUAUCAGGUGGUCCGCGCUCGCCUGCAGGACCAGCACAACAACUACAGUGGAAUCGUGGAUGUCAUGAGGAGGACCUGGAGCAACGAAGGGGUGGAGGGCUUUUACAAAGGGAUGGUGCCAAACCUGGUGCGAGUCAUUCCUGCGUGCUGCAUCACCUUCCUGGUGUUCGAAAAUGUGUCACGCUUGCUUUUGGGCGAGUAUCACUAAACCUUCGGGAAUCAAAAGCGGGACCAACACAAGGCAAUGUGCCGGGACUAUGUAUGUAUGUGUGUGUUUGUGUAUGAGGGACGAGCAGGAAUAUCAAACAUUUCCUGUUUAACUCUGAACUCACCGGGCAGACUAAAAACUAGAAUUUAGUGUGUGCGCUGAAUGAAAAGAAGUGGUGCAUAUAUUUGAGAUUUAAAGGGAUAGUUCACCCAAAAAUGAAAAUUCAGUCUACUUUUAAUCACUCUUGUUUCAAACCGGUUUGAGUUUCUUUUUUAAAUUAACCACAAAGACAGUGUUCUGAAGAAAGCUGUAAACCUGUAAACAUUGAUUUCCGUAUUAGUUUUUUCUUCUAUGUAUGUCUAUGAUUACAAUUGUUGGCUUUUUUUCAAAAUAUCUUCUUUAAUAAACAUAAGAAAGAAAUUCAUAAAGGUUUAUAACCAGUUUAGGGUGAGUAAAUUUUCAUUUUGCAUGAACUAUCCCUUUAAGAGUUGUUGUACUGUUGAGUUAAAGUGAUAGUUCACCCAAAAAUGAAAAUUCUGUCAUCAUUUACUCACUCUUUACUUGUUUCAAACCUGUUUGAGUUUCUUUGUUUUAUUAAACACAAAGACGAUGUUCUGAAGAAAGCUGGAAACCUGUAAACAUUGAUUUCCAUAUUAUUUUUUUCUACCAUGUAUGUCUAUGGUUACAAAUGUUAGCUUUCUUCAAAAUAUCUUCUUUAAUAAACAGAAAAAAGACAUUUAUAAAGGUUUAUAACCAUUAGAGGGUGAGUAAAUUUUCAUUUUGUGUGAACUAUCCCUUUAAGAGUUGUUGUACUGUUGAGUUAAAAUGAUAGUUCACCCAAAAAUGAAAAUUCUGUCAUCAUUUACUCACUCUUUACUUGUUUCAAACCUGUUUGAGUUUCUUUGUUUUAUUAAACACAAAGACGAUGCUCUGAAGAAAGCUGUAAACAUUGAUUUCCAUAUUAGUUUUUUCUGCUAUGUAUGUCUAUGCAUACAAAUGUUAGCUUUCUUCAAAAUAUCUUCUUUAAUAAACAGUAGAAAGAAAUUUAUAAAGGUUUAUAAGCACAUUAGGGUGAAUAAAUUUUCAUUUUGCGUGAACUAUCCCUUUAAGAGUUGUUGUACUGUUGAGUUAAAGGGAUAGUUCACCCAAAAAAUGAAAAUUCACUCACUCUAAACUUUAAGAGUUUUAUUUUUCAGAAGAUAUUUUAGAAAUGGACACCAUUGACAUCCAUAGUAGGAAAGAAAUCAAUUAUGGAAGUCAACUGAACCAUAUUCAAAUAAACAAAACUCAAAAAAGCUUUAAAACAAGUAAAUCAAGUAUGACUGAAUUAAAUGUAUCUCUUUAUGAAAAACGUAUUGAUCUUAUCUUAAAGAUUUAUGAAUAGUCACCUAUGAAAAAGAUUUAAAUUGAUUUUAAGCAGUGAAUGACAAGUGGAUUGAAGCCAUCUCCAGACAAUGCAACCAAACACAGUAUUUGCCAAACAUGUGUUCGUCUUUUUUUACGGAAUUUUCACAAAACAGCUGCUAUAUUUGCUGAGUUAUGCGAGAGAAUGAACGGGAUUUCCUUCACCCACUAAGCAAACCUCCGCUGGCUGUUGUGCCGGGGUCAACAAAAACCUCACUGGGCUGCUCAGGAAAUGAUGUAACGCUAUGGAAUAAUGGCACACAGGCUUGAGAGAAACUGAUACUGGAGGGCAGGAGCAUAUUUUAACCAGAUGUGUAGAGAUGCCAUCUACUGGAAGAGAGGAACAGGAAAGAGGAAUAUGAAAGAAGUAGCAACAGAAAGGCAAUUGUGUAUGUAAAUAUAAAUGUGCUGUUGUAUAAGCCAUUUUUACACAUCUAAUAAAGAAUUGUAUGUUACAGACAGAA